UGCUCUGGUGUUCAGAGGCUCAACAGCAUGGCUCGUACCACCCGUGACCGCCAACAAGCUUGUCGUUGUAUCCAGGGAGCAGCUAGAGCCUUGGGUUCCCGACUUAACGCAGGCCGUGCUGCUCGUCUUCCUGGUGCUUGCCGUGUUAGGAUCUCUUACCCCAUCAGCGCUAGAAUCAACUGUAACACGUAAUCUUCUCUCACUCUAUUUAUUACAUUUUUUUUGUUA